AUGACACUAAAAGGUGGCACCAGCCAAGCUUGUGCUGCGUGCAAAUACCAGAGAAGAAAAUGCUCCAGUGACUGUCCUUUAGCACCUUAUUUCCCACCUGACCAACCAAAAAUGUUUCAGAAUGCUCAUAAAUUAUUUGGUGUCAGCAACAUUAUAAAGAUUCUCAAGAAACUCGAUGCAUCGCAGAGAGGGGAAGCUAUGCGUUCUAUAAUCUACCAAUCGAAUAUUCGCGACAGGUUUCCGGUUCAUGGCUGCUGGGGAAUUAUCUGUCAGCUACAUUAUCAAAUUAGGCAAGCUGAAGAAGAGAUCCACGCCGUUCAUUCUCAGCUCGAGAUGUAUAGACAACAUCAUCAUCACCAUCAGAUUUCUUCUUUAACUGAUGAUAUAGCUUCACAGUUAGAAUUAGGCAUGGCUCCUCCUAGUAAUAAUAUUAAUAUUAAUAUUAAUAAUAAUAAUAAUUCCCUUUCACUUUUUGGCCAAACUAAUUCUACUCCUCAGAAUUACAGUGGUUUGCCUAUUCCACAGCACCAUGCUUACUCUAAUAGCAGUAAUAACGUUAAUUACAGCUCUGCUUACUUGGAUUCUAAUAAGGAUCCUUUGGGUAAUUCUUUGUGGGUUCAGCACCAAUAUGCUACUGCUGCUAAUAAUAAUAUUAACAAUUCUAUGGCGAUUCAGACUCAGUUGGUUAAUUCACAACCACUACCUAUUCAACAAGUUGUUCAAGAUUAUGAUGAAAUUCAUCCGUUUUUCGAUACUAUCGAUGAUAGGCAAUCUUAUAUCGAUUCUAAAGAAGCCUAUGAGUCAAGCUCGGAGGAAUCAUUAAGGGACACGACACAACAAUGUAUGGAACAUGUUGCGGAAAAUGAACUAAAGACUGCAGCUGCAUGCUUUACUCUUACCAGUGUCAAUUGAAGAACUGAUGAGCUACACAAGCAACCAAUUGGUAGUAACUUAUCAGAGACUCGAGAAUAGAACUUUGAUUUUAAUUCUUUCAUAUUUUUGGUUAUUUUUAAUUUUUGUUUACUUCUCUCGAAUUCCACAUUUACAUAGUACAUUUAACAGUUUUGAGCUA